AUGGCGGCGGCCGCGCGCAGGGACCCGGCUCAGGGUGGUGUGACCUUUGAGGACAUUGCCGUGUACUUCUCCUGGAAGGAGUGGAGGCUUCUUGAUGAGGCUCAGAGACGGCUCUACCACCAUGUGAUGCUGGAGAACUUUACACUUAUAUCCUCACUGGGUUGUUGCUGUGGAGCAGAGGAUGAGGAGGCACCCUUUGCCCAGAGCACUUCUGUAGGCGUGUCACAGACCAGGACGCCCAAGGCAGCUCAGUCUUGCCGGAAGACCCACCCCUGUGAGAUGUGUGGUCCAGUCUUGAGAGGCAUUUUCCAUUUGGCUGCGCACCAGGGAAAAGAAAACAGCCAGAAACUGUUGAGGUGUGGGGCCUGUGGGAAACGAUUUUAUUUCAUUACUGACUUCAGAAAACAUGAGAAACAGCACAUGGGAGAGAAACCCUUGAGAAGCCGUGUGGACAGGGCCUCUGUUGUGAAGAGCUGGGGAUUCCAUGGUGCAGGAAAGCCCCUUACCUGUGGAGAAGUUCAGAAGGACUUCCUGUCUGGCUCGGGGCAUCUGCAGCAAGAGGCCACUCGUACUGGGGAGAAGCCACACACGAUCACCCAGUCCAGGGCAACUUUACAAAGCAGAAAAAGUCAUGACACCUGGGGAGAAUGCAAGAACGCCUUUGGUCCCAAACACACACAUAUUCAGGACCAGGGUAGAGUUCAUAGUGGAGAAAGGCCUUAUCAGUGCAGUAAAUGUGGCAAGUCCUUUCUCCGAAGAAAUAGCCUCAAUGUACAUAUAAAGGUUCACUCAGGUGAAAGGCCUUAUAAAUGUAACGCAUGUGGGAAAUCUUUAAAGUGUAAGUCAGCAUUCAUUAAACACCAGAGCGUUCACACAGGAGAAAGGCCUUAUGAGUGCAGCGAAUGUGGCAGGUCUUUUCUCCGAAGAAAUACUCUGAAUGUACACAUAAAGGUUCACUCAGGUGAAAGACCUUAUAAAUGUAACGAAUGUGGUAAGUCAUUUAAGUUUAAGUCAACAUUCAUUAAACACCAGAGAAUUCACACAGGGGAGAGGCCUUAUGAGUGUAGUGAAUGUGGGAAAUCUUUUAUCUCUAGGACUGACCUACGGUAUCAUCAGAGAAUUCACACAGGAGAGAGACCUUAUCAGUGCAGCGAAUGUGGCAAAUCCUUUUGUAAGUCAUCGUUGAUUAAACACCAGAGAAUUCACACAGGAGAAAGGCCUUAUGAGUGCAGUGAAUGCGGGAAGUCUUUUAUCACUAGUUCCGUGCUUCAUUCUCACCAGAGAGUUCACACUGGAGAAAGGCCUUAUGAAUGCAGUGAAUGUGGGAAAUCUUUUACCACUAGUUCUGUCCUCCGUGAUCACCAGAGACUUCACACUGGAGAAAGGCCUUAUGAGUGCAGUCAGUGUGGGAAAUCUUUCACCACUCGUUCUGUCCUCCGUUCUCAUCAGAGAGUUCACUCUCGGGAAAGGCCUUAUGAGUGCAGUGAAUGUGGCAAGUCCUUUGUCAGAAGAAAUAGCCUCAAUGUACAUGUAAAGGUUCAUUCAGGUGAAAAACCUUAUAAGUGUCAUGAAUGUGGGAAAUCUUGGAAGUGUAAGUCGACGUUCGUAAAACACCAGAGAAUUCAUACAGGAGAAAGGUCUUUUGCUUGCAGUGAAUGUGGGAAAUCUUUUUUCAGUCAUGAUGCUCUCAGUUAUCAUCACAGAGUUCACAGUGGUAACAGGCCUUAGGGGUGCUGCUGUUGUAGGGAAUCUUUCAGCUGUAUUUUCAGUCUCCUUCA